ACUGCCAUCUAGUGGAAGGUCGUGCGUUGGGAGAUUUUGCUAUGCAGAUUUUGCUGUUUUUCUUGUGCUUUCUCAAUUAAACGUGUUUUGUAGCAAAAGUUUGGAAAAAAUAUUUGACUUUAAACAUUUUUGUUCAACGAUAGGAGCAGCUUAAGAACUUAUCGUUGAAAAAUCACAGUAAAAAUGUUUAAAUUCGUCGGAGUUUGCUCUAAUAUUUUCUCAACUUUCUCAGAACCGAUUAUUCGGAAUGCUAGCUCGCUGUUCCGGAUGCACAGGACCGGUCCUUUAUUCAAAAUCAGGCCUCCAAGACAGCCUUUGGAUGGGAAGCCAAUGGCCAAGGGUCUUGUCCUUCGAACCCUGAUCAAAAAGCCAAAGAAGCCGAAUUCCGCCAACAGGAAGUGCGCCCUGGUUCGACUAAGCACGGGUAAAGAAAUGGUGGCCUACAUCCCUGGAGAGGGUCACAACUUGCAAGAACACAACGUGGUGCUAGUGCGGUGCGGUCGAACCAACGAUUUGCCUGGUGUCAAAAUCAAGUGCAUUCGAGGGAAAUAUGAUCUAGCACAUGUGAUUAAAAAGACAAAUUAGAUUUUAAAAUGUUAUGAUAAAAUAUCUAGUGAUCAUUAAAAAAAUUAAAAUACAAUCG